AUGAGCAUGAAGAUGAAGCAAAUAGUGGAGGCACCGGCAUCACCGCCUCCACCACCACCACCACUUCCAAGGUUCUGGGCUAAGAAGGAUGCGCCACAGAGUGUGACAAAGCGAGAAAUUGCCAGGUUCUGGUUUCAGAAGCGCAUUGAGGAAGAGGAGCACCUCCUCGCUGCUAUCAAGGCUGCAGCACGUAUUCGAGCCCUCAAGCUAUCGGAGGAAGAUUACAGAAGUUUUGAGGAGUCCUUGAACGACGACGACAAAGCCAACGAUAAGGAUAGCUCUGCUGCAGCCACUAAUGACAGCAACAAGGAUGGAAACAACGACGAAGUUCGCGUUGGGAUUAAGGACUGGUGGACAAAGAGCAAGUAUGCAUACUUGAACCAGCCAGCCAUAGAGUCCAUGGAGCCUCCGAAAAGGCGCACCUCCACGUAUGUUCCCAAUUGUUUUGCCUAUAAGCCCACCCCUCUCUACCCUACCUCUCUCGGUGUGUUUUAG